AUGACUGAGGUGGUGCAAGGGCGCGAGACGGCGUCUAGUACCACAUCCACAGCUGCAUCGAUGUCGAUGCGCAUGAAGCGACCGGGGCAGCCGCAGUUCGAGGGAUUCUGGCAGGUCCAGUCGCUCGAGGACCUACGGCCGAUGACAGACAUCCGCGCGCUCUGCGACAAGCAGCGCCGUGCUGAUCCCGCAGGUGGGCUUGUGAGUCCGCUCAAGGCGCUCACGUCGUAUCUGCACCACACGUACCACAUGGUGAAUCCAGCGUUUGUGUAUGAGUUGGCAUUCAACCCGCGGCGGGUGCUCACCAAGCCGAGUAAGCCCAUGUACAACGAUGGGCAUGACAACGAGGACAGUGACUAUAUUCUGUAUGUGAACGACUAUCUGGGAGGCGAGGAUGGGCAUCGGUACCUGAUCCUCGACGUGCUGGGCCAAGGAACCUUCGGGCAGGUGGUCAAGUGCCAGAAUAUGACGACGCACGAUAUUGUGGCCGUCAAGGUGAUCAAGAACAAGCCCGCGUACUUCAACCAAAGCAUGAUGGAGGUCACGAUCCUCGAGACGCUCAACCAGCACUGGGACCCUGACGACCGGCAUAACAUCUUGCGUCUGCAGGACACGUUUAUCCACCACAAGCACUUGUGUCUGGUGUUUGAGCUGCUGUCGUCGAAUUUGUACGAGCUUAUCAAGCAAAACUCGUUCCGAGGCCUGAGUACGAGCCUGGUGCGUGUGUUUGUUACACAGUUGCUCGAUGCGCUCGUCGUGCUCAAAGAUGCGCGGCUGAUCCACUGCGAUUUAAAGCCUGAGAAUAUUCUGCUGCGUACGCUGCAGACGCCUUCGAUCAAGCUCGUCGACUUCGGCUCGGCGUGCCACGAGGAGCAGACGGUGUACACGUAUAUUCAAAGCCGGUUCUACCGCUCGCCCGAGGUGCUUCUCGGCCUGUCGUACACGGCGGCGAUCGAUAUGUGGUCGCUCGGGUGCAUUGCGGCCGAGUUGUUUCUGGGCCUCCCCAUCUUCCCCGGCACGUCUGAGUACAACCAGAUUAGCCGUAUCGUCCACAUGCUCGGCGUGCCGCCCGCCUAUAUGAUGGAGCGUGGCCGUCAGACUCGCGAGUUCUUCAAUGUGCACACGGACUCGUACGGGCGCCUCACAUACCAGCUCAAGCCCAUGGACCAGUACUCGCGCGAGCACCGCGUCCAGGAGCAAGCGAGCAAGCAGUACUUUCCGGGCACGACGCUGCCUGAAAUUAUCCGGCUCACGCCUAUGCCGCGGCGCAGUGGGCGCGCCGCAGAUACAGAAAAGGAGAUGGCCAACCGCGCCGCGUUCACCGACUUUGUGGCGGGCUUGCUGAACCUCAACCCGUUGGAGCGCUGGACGCCCCAGCAGGCAAAGCAGCACCCCUUUAUCACCGGUGAGCCGUUCACGCAGCCAUGGGUUCCGCCCCGCACCACACCGCCACAGCCGGCCCCGCCGAGUGCGGCCGCCGAGGCGACGGCGGCUGCGUCGCCGGCCAUCUACGAAGACACUGUGUCGGAGGACCCGUACGCAGUCGCCCAGCCGUACGCGCGCGCACAGGGCAAGCGCGCCUCCUAUAUAUCGCCGCCCGGAUCGCGAGCUGUAUGCCACGGCGCCGGCGGCUAG